AUGAAUCGCCUGUUUGGCACGAAGAAUACAGCUCCAAAGCCGACGCUGGAGGGCGCGAUAUCAAGUCAGCAGGUCGAUGCCCGGAUAUCAAGUAUAGACGUCAAGCUGGCCGCGCUGAACGCGGAGCUGACGGCUUACCAGAGCAAGAUGUCCAAGAUGCGCGACGGGCCCGGCAAGAUGGCCAUCCGCCAAAAGGCACUCAAGGUCCUCCAGCAACGGAAACGCUACGAGGGCCAGCGAGACCAGCUCUCGCAGCAGUCCUGGAACAUGGAGCAGGCGGGCAUGAUGCAGGACAAUCUACGCAACGUCAUGACGACUGUGGAUGCUAUGAAGACUACAACAAAGUCGCUCAAGCAGCAGUACGGCAAGGUGGACAUCGACCAGAUCGAGCGUAUGCAGGACGAGAUGCAGGACCUGAUGGAUAUGGGCAAUGAAAUCCAGGACAGCAUCAGUCGUGCAUACGACGUGCCCGAGGACGUGGACGAGGCUGACCUCGACGCCGAACUGGAGGCUCUGGGAGAAGAAGCCAUGUUCGAGCAAGCCAUGGGCGGAGAGGAGAGCGUACCGUCCUUUAUGCAGGAUGAAGUUGCUCCUCCGCAGUUCAUUGAUGAGCCGCCCGAGCAGAAUAAGAUGAAGGAGGUUGCAGGUGGAUGA